AUGGCGGCAGGAAGUGACGUCAGCACGACAGGAAGUGACGUCAACGCAGCAGGAAAUGACGUUGGCACGGCAGGAAGUGAUGUCACUGCAGCAGGAAGUGAUGUCAGCACGGCAGGAAGUGGUGUCGGAACGGCAGGAAAUGACGUCAGCACGGCAGGAAGCGGCUGUGGGCCGGCGGGGGCGGGGCCUGAUGACGUCACGGGGCGUGUCUUCGACCUGCUGAGCCGCGCCCGCCUGCAGCUGGGCCGGAUCGACCGCAGGCAGCGCGUGGGGUCGGAGGAGCCGGAGGAGCCCCCGGAGAGCCCCAGGGCUCCCCCCGGAUCAAGCACGUGUGCAGGAGAGCGCCGCCCCCCCGAGCCCGGCACGCCCCCCGAAGAGUCGGAGCCCAAGCGGCCCCGCCCCGGCCCCGAGCCGGCCCCGCCCCCGGCCCCGCCCCCCGCGCGCUGCGGGCCCCGCCCCCCGCCCGGCCGCCCCUCCCCCCGGGCGCGGGGCCCGCGGGGGUCGCGCUGCGGCCGCUGCCGGGGCUGCCGGCGGGGCCAGGACUGCGGGCACUGCCCCAACUGCCGCGACAAGCCCAAGUUCGGGGGGCCCAACACCAAGAAACAGUGCUGCGUGCUCCGGCGCUGCGACAAAAUCGAGGCUCGAAAACUGGAACGGCUCGGGAGGAGAGGCCGCGGGCCCCGCCCCCGCGCGGCGCCCUGGGACUCGGGCGAGGAGAGCGGCGACAGGGUCCCGCAGGACGAGGGGCGCCUGCUGUACCUGGGGCAGAACGAGUGGGCCCACGUGAACUGCGCCCUGUGGUCGGCCGAGGUCUUCGAGGAGGGCGACGGAACUCUCCGGAACGUGCACGCCGCCGUGGCCCGCGGCCGCCAGAUGCGCUGCGAGCACUGCGGCCGCCCCGGCGCCACCGUCGGCUGCUGCCUGGCCGCCUGCGCCGCCAACUACCACUUCAUGUGCGCCCGGCGCUGCCAGGCCGCCUUCCUCAGGGACAAGAGGGUGUUCUGCCAGCGGCACGGCCGCCUGCUGGCCGGGGACGAGCUGGUGCGGGACGGGGCGUUCGCGGUGCUGCGGCGCGUGCUGGUGGAUUUCGGGGGGAUCAGCCUCAAGAGGAAAUUCCUGGGGGGGCUCGAGCCCGAGGCCGUCAACGUCAUGAUCGGCUCCAUCCGCAUCGACCGCCUGGGGGCGCUCUCGGAGCUGUCGGAGCGCGAGGGGCGGCUGUUCCCAGUGGGAUACCAGUGCUGGCGUUUGUACUGGAGCACGCGGGACGCCCGCCGCCGCUGCUGGUACCGGUGCCGGAUCCUGGAGCAGCCCCCGGGGCCGGCGGGGGGAGGGGCCGGGACACCCCCGGGACCCCCCCCCGAGCACAACCGGACCAUCGCCCACGGCAGCCCCGGGUGGGGGAGGGGUUCCGGCCCCUCCCCCCUGACGUGUCUCCCCUCCCCCCCCCCCAGGCUCCAGCCCGGGACCCCCGCCCAGCCCGGGGGGGGGGAGGGGCGGCCGACGCCCCCCAGGGCCCCUCCCCCCCCCCGGGCCGGCCCCUCCCCCCCCCGGGGCCGUCCCCCCCCCCGCCGGCCCCCCCCGGGGGGCUGCUCCCGGCCCCUCCCCCCCCCGGGCCAGCCCCCGGCCGCGCCGCGCCACAUCCCCACGGCCGGGGACCCCGCGCCGUCCCCGCGCCCGCGCCGGCCGCGCCGCGCGCUGUCCCCAGCCGGGGCCGCCCGCCGGGGCCACCCGCCGGGGCCACCCGAGCCCGCGGCCACCGCCGCGCCCAGGUCGAUGCCACUCCCGAGGCCGUCGUCCCCCGGCGCGGUGACGUCACCCAACGGCGCAGUGGCACUGUCACCUGACCCGAUGACGUCACCCAACGGCGCAGUGGCACUGUCACCUGACCCGGUGACAUCACCUGACCCGAUGAUGUCACCCAACGGCGCGGUGGCAGCGCCGAGGUCACCGACGUCACCCCCGGGGCCACCGCGGCUCUGGGGACAGCGGGCGGCGCUGGAGGCGGGCGCCAGGUCCCGCCCCGCCCCGCUGUCCCCGUGCGGUGCCACCGGCGAUGACAGCGCUGUCCCCGCGGCGGUGGCGCGGCGGGGACGUUACUUGGGCCACGCGCGCGCCAUGGUGGCCCCGGCGCUGUCCCCGCUGUCCCCGCUGUCCCCUUGUCCCCGCAUCCAGCAGCUGGACGGGGCCGACGACGGCGCCCGGGGGACGCCAGGGACAGAGGGGACAGAGGGGACAGAGGGGACAGGGCCACCCCCGCCCGGCGUGCCACCACCCCCCGAGGGGCUGCCACCCGACAUCGUGGACUUCGUGCUGCGCGGUGUCACCAACAACGGGGACACCCACGGGGACAUGGAUGCCACCAACGGGGACACGAAUGCCACCAGCAAUGGGGACACGGCUGCCACCAGCAAUGGGGACACGGCUGCCACCAACGGGGACAGGGACACCAACGGCGCCUGGCAGGGACACCGGCUUGGGGACAUCGCCGAGAGCCACCAGCUUGGGGACAUUGUUCAAGGCCACCGGCUUGGGGACAUCACUCAGGGCCACCAGCUUGGGAACAUUGGUCAAAGCCACCAGCUUGGGGACAUCAGGCAGGGACAGCGGCUUGGGGACAUCGCUCAAAGCCACCAGCUUGGGGACAUCGCUCAAGGCCACCAGCUUGGGGACAUCAGUCAAAGCCACCAGCUUGGGGACAUCGCUCAGGGCCACCAGCUUGGAAACGCCCAAGGCCACCGCCUUGGGGACAUCGGCCAAGGCCACCACCUCGGGGACAUUGAUCAAAGCCACCAGCCUGGGGACAUCGCUCAGGGCCACCGGCUCGGUGCCACCGCCCCCAACGGCCACGGGGACGCCUUGGGGACACCUUGGGGACAUCCCAAGCGGCCGGGGGAGGGGACGGGGCCGGGGACGAAGAGGCCACGGCUGGAGCUGGACACGGGGGACAGCGGGCUGAAGGAGGAGCCGGAGGAGCUGAUGAGCGACAGCUGCGGGUCCCCGCCCGGUGACGUCACCGCGGAGCCGCCCUGGGCCAGCUGCGCAGGCGGCAGCUCCGAGGAGGAGGAGCCCGGGGGGGGCGGGGCCUCCUCCCCUCCCCCCGGCCCCGCCCCCUCCCCGCCCCUCCCCCACCUGCGCUUCGAGAUCAGCUCCGAGGACGGGCUCAGGGUGACGGCCCCCAGCCUCGAGGGUGCCUGGCGGGCGGUGCUGGAGCGGGUGCAGGAGGCGCGAGCCAACGCCCACCUGAGGCACCUGAGCUUCGCAGGGAUGAGCGGGCUGCGCCUGCUGGGCAUCCACCACGAUGCCGUGGUGUUCCUGCUGGAGCAGCUGCCGGGCGCCGGGCGCUGCUCCCGGUACCGGUUCCGGUACCACCCCCCCCCGCCGGGACCCCCCCACGCGCCCCCGCCCCGCAACCCCUCGGGCUGCGCCCGCGCCGAGCUCUACCUGAGGAAGUGCACCUUCGACAUGUUCAGCUUCCUGGCGUCGCAGCACCGCGCCCUGCCCCAGGGCCCCCCCGCCCGCGAGGAGGAGGAGGACGAGGUGCAGCUGAAGCCCACCCGCCGCGCCACCAGCCUGGAGCUGCCCAUGGCCAUGCGCUUCCGGCACCUCAAGAGAACGGCCAAGGAGGCGGUGGGCGUGUACCGCUCGGCCAUCCACGGGAGGGGCCUGUUCUGCAAGAGGAACAUCGAGGCCGGGGAGAUGGUGAUCGAAUAUUCCGGAAUUGUCGUGCGCUCCGUGCUCACCGACAAGCGCGAGAAGUUCUACGACAGCAAGGGCAUCGGCUGCUACAUGUUCCGCAUCGACGAGGCCGAGGUGGUGGACGCCACCAUGCACGGCAGCGCCGCGCGCUUCAUCAACCACUCGUGCGAGCCCAACUGCUACUCGCGCGUCAUCCACGUGGAGGGCCACAAGCGCAUCGUCAUCUUCGCGCUGCGCCGCAUCCUGCGCGGCGAGGAGCUCACCUACGACUACAAGUUCCCCAUCGAGGAGCCGGCGGCCAAGCUGCCCUGCAACUGCGGCGCCCGGCGCUGCCGGCGCUUCCUCAACUGAGCCGGGGAGGGGCUCCAGGGGGUCCCCGGGGGUGCUGGGAUGGAGGUGUGGGAGGAUGGAGAGGUUCUGGAGGUGGUUGGAGGCGAUCGGGAGUUGGCGGGGGUGGUUUGGAGAAGGUUGUGGAGGUGUGGUGGUCAACCAAGAGUGGUGGUGGUCGACCGAGAAUCAUGGUGGUCAGUCAAGAGCCAUAAGGAGUCAACCAAGAGUUGUGGUGGCCAACCAAGAAUCAUGGUAGUCAAUCAAGAGUUGUGGUGGUCUAUCAAGAGUUGUGGUGGCCAACCAAAAAUCAUGGUGGUCAAUCAAUAGCCAUAAGGGUCAACCAAGAAUUGUGGAGGUGAACCAAGAGUUGUGAUGGUCAACACAGGGUUGUGUGGUCGACCAAGAGCCGUAGGGGUCAACCAAGAAUCAUGGCAGUCAACCAAGAGUCAUGGAGGUCAACUAAGAAUCAUGGUGAUCAACCAAGAGUCAUGGUGGUCAACCAAGAGUUGUGGAGGCCACCCAGGAAUCAUGGUGGUCAACCAAGAGUCAUGGUGGCUAACCAAGAAUCAUGGUGGUCAACCAAGAGUUCUGGAUGUCAACCAAGAGUCGUGGUGGCCAACAAUGAGUUGUGGUGGCCAACAAUGAGUCAUGGUGGUCAACGAAGAGUUGUGGAGGCCACCCAGGAAUCAUGGUGAUCAACCAAGAGUCAUGGUGGUCAACCAAGAGUUGUGGUGUCCAAGCAAGAGUUGUGAAGGCCAACCAGGAAUCAUGGUGAUCAACCAAGAGUCAUGGAUGUCAACCAAGAGUCGUGGUGGUCAACCAAGAGUCAUGGAAGUCAACCAAGAGUCGUGGUGGUCAACCAAGAGUCAUGGUGGCCAACAAAGAGUCAUGAUGGUCAACCAAGAGUCGUGGUGACCAACCAAGAGUUGUGGUGGCCAACCAAGAGUUGUGGUGGCCAACCAAGAGUCAUGGUGGUCAACCAGGGGUCAUGGUGCUCAAGCAAAAGUCCUGGAUCUCAACCAAGAGUCAUGGGAAGAAGAUACUGAGGUGUUCGUUGAAGCCAUAGAGAUGCCUCCAGUCAACUGGGAAGACCCAAAAAUCAUGGACAGGUCCUGGAAGUCCUGGAGGCUCCUCCAGUCAACCAAGAGUCAUGGGAAGAAGAUGUCAGGGUGCUCCCAAAAGUCCUUGAGAUGCCUCCAGUCAACUGCAAGGUCCCCAAAAACCGUGGAAUUAAAUUUUAGGGUGCUCCCAGAAGAUCUUGAGAUGCCUCCAGUCAGCCAGAAGGUCCCAAAAUCGGUGGAAUUAAAUUUUGGGGUGCUCCUGGAAGUUCUUGAGAUGCCUCCAGUCAGCCAGAAGGUCCCAGAAUCGGUGGAAUGAAAUUUUGGGGUGCUCCUGGACGAUCUCGAGAUGCCUCCAACCCUGGGGACCCCCGAGAAGAGACUUUGGGGCUCUCCCAGUGCCACUCCAGCCCUGGAGACCCCUCCCCACCCCAAAUCCCCCCCCUGGGGCCCCCCCAAACCCCUCCCACGGGCCCCUCCCCCAAUUUCCCCCCCCAAAAUGGGUCCAGCCCCUCCCCCCGCAGCAUUUUUGGGGCAUUUCCGGGUGUUUUUUGGGAUUUUAGGGUUUUGUAUUUUAAUUUAAAGGCGGCGCAAGCUCCGCCCACAAUAAAGACUCUGAUUGGUCA